CUGGCUGCCCCUGGCUGGUCAUCACGGACUUUGGUUGCUGUUUGGCGGAUGAAAACAUCGGCCUGAGGCUGCCUUUCACCAGCUCUUACGUGGAUCGGGGCGGCAACGGCUGUCUCAUGGCACCCGAGGUGAUCACAGCGUCGCCUGGUCCGGGCACGGUGAUCAACUACAGUAAAGCCGAUGCUUGGGCUGUUGGAGCGAUCGCCUAUGAAAUCCUUGGCCUGGCCAAUCCUUUCUACGGCCGUGGGGAGUGGACUCUGGAAAGCAGAAGUUACCGUGAAGACCAGCUGCCAAGCCUGCCCGAUCACGUGCCCCUUGAGGUGAAGCAAGUGGUAAAGAUGCUACUUCAGAGGGAUCCCAACAAGAGGUUGUCUGCUAGAGUUGCCGCUAACGUGCUUCACCUAAGCCUCUGGGGCGAGAGCGUUCUGGCGUCCGAGACCCUGAAGCCCGACCAGAUGAUCGCCUGGCUUCUCUGCCAGUCUGCGGCCACGUUGCUCCUGGACGGACUGGUGGAUAAAAGCCGGGUGGAAACCAAAAUGAAGAUGUGCUUUUUGGCGAACCUUGAGUACGAAGACCUGUGGGCAGCCAUGUUCCUCUUGCUGGCCUGGAGAAGCCGGUCCGGGUGAAGCGUGC